CACUCCAAGUCCAAACGAGUGAGCAGAGUACCUUUUUGGUCGCUAUAAAUAAACGGCUCAACUCCUCAUCCUGGAAGCAUCAAGCAACAACCCAUCUCAUCUCACUUGAUCAUCCUACUCUUUGCACUGAGCCAUUUCGGCAAAUAAUCACGGUGAAGAUGUCGUCGACGGCCACCGUCACCCUCGGCCACCUCGAGAACAAGCUCACGCUCGCCAAACGCUGCUCUAGAGAGGCGACGUUCGCCAGAGCAAAGGCAGCGGCCAUCGCCAUGGUCGCGUCUGCGGUCCCAACGCUGGCGAGCGUGAGGAUGCUGCCGUGGGCCAAGGCGAACCUGAACCCCACCGGCCAGGCCCUCAUCAUCUGCACCGUCGCUGGGAUGGCAUACUUCAUUGCCGCCGACAAGACGAUCCUCUCGCUGGCGAGGAGGCACUCGUACGAGAGCGCCCCCGACCACCUCAAGGACACCUCCUUCCAUGUCGCCGCCGCUGCAGCCCGUCCCCGUCCGCCGGCGUUCUUCAGGCCUUGAGCUAGUAUUAUCCUGCUAAUUUAUUUUUUUAGAGAAAAGGCCUAGGCCCGACUUUAUAAAUAAAGCCACACGGCAGAGUCACAGAG